AAGUUUUUUUUGCAAUGACAAUCUUUUGUUAAUAUCGAUUUUCCCAUAAACUUAGGAACAUAUGUAUAUUUUUAAAGUUUCUUGGACUUCGUGGGCCAUCCUCAAUUCCCGGUGUGUAUUUACAAACAUGGCGGUUGUAAGAAAAAUCGGGAAAUUAUCAAAUAAGUUACUUAAAAACAAUAUACCUCGUAUAUGCAUCGCCAGAGGUGCAUCCAACGAAGAAGGGGAAUUUGACGAUGAAGAAUUUCGAAAAUUUUGGGAAAUGAAGAAACCUGCUGCAGUAAAAGAGUAUAUGCCAGGGUUUUAUCCAAGAAACGAAGAAGAAAGACGUAAAGCUGCCGAAAAAUAUGGAAUGCAUCCAGAUGAAUACAAACCAUAUCCUAAUGAUCACAGAUAUACUGGAGAUUAUCCAGACUUACCAUGGAUAGGUGUUGCAGCUAAAGAUCCUUAUUACCCUUGGGAUUAUCCUGCCAUGAAAAGAAAUUUUGAAGAUCCUAUACAUCAAAACUUGGACAUGAUGGGAGAAGAUCGUUAUGACUAUGGUGUUAGGAAACUAGUUGGUGAUAAUCAAGGACUUUUUUAUUGUAUUGUUACAUUGGCUAUAUGCUUUAUUCUUCAUGAAAUAACUCCAGAAACAAGUCAACCAAGAAUGGAAAAGCAAAUUGCAUUCACAGGAGUUCAUUAUACCUUUGAACCACGUGAAUAAACAUGUAGCAACAUGUACAAUUAUAAGUAGUCCUAAUAAAUAAACCAGCUUAUGCUGAUCAGUUUAUAAUUUGUAUUAUAUUCAUAUUAAAUAUGAGAUUCUUCAGUUAAGAUGAAUCAAUUCAGUUCCAUUUAAAAAGUUACUUUAAGUAUGAAAAGGAAUACUCUAAGUGUUUUAGUUAACUUAAAUUGUUGUUAUAAUAAAGCUAUUAUUUGAAGAAAAUA